AUGAAUGAGCUCACGUUAGAUGAGGUAAAAAUGCCGUAUUGUCAUCAGUUCGGAAUUUACAGCAAAUGUCCCACCGCAAUGGAUGGCAUGGAACGUUUUGCAUGUCCGACACCGGAUUUGCAAGGACGAUAUCGUUGCAUAGACGAUCAUGUGCUGUGUGAUGGUUUUAUUGAUUGUCCCGAAGGUGAAGAUGAAGAUAGAAGAUCGUGUAUGUUCUAUAAAACGACGAAAGCUCAUUUAGAUGUGUUAGCUGAUGCGCUACUUCGAUGGGCGCGCGGACGUUAAAUGCUGAAUAGCUGAAUAGACUGUCUCUUAAAACCAAAAAAAAAAAUCAUCAAACCAAAGCUGGAGACACCCCCCUACUAAUCCAUUAAUAUAAACCAAAAAGGAAAAACUAACCACUAUAUAAUAUAUGCAACCAAACUGAAUCCACCACGUAAUCCCUAGGACAGGUGGUGCUAAAUCAAAAACUGUAAAAAGUGUCAAGAGAUGAUGGAGCAGAGUUAAGAUAUAAAAGUGUGUAGAACAUGUAUGUACUUAAUGAGUUAAACUAAUA